AUGAGGGCGGCGAUUGACGAGAAGAGCACGCACGCGUCGAGCCGCGACGAGCCCUCGCGGGCGAUCCGUGUGCUGAUCGUGGAGGACGACAGCUUCUCAUUCUUGUGCCUCAAGUCGCACUUUGACCAGAUCGGAAAGUCGGCAGACAGCCUCGGCCUCCCGCGCCUCGGCUUCGUGCUGACUCAUGCCGUCUCUGCAGAGGACGCGUGGGCGCUCUGCUCCACCACCGUCUUUGAGAUCGUCCUGGUCGACCUGCGGCUUCCCGGCCUCUCCGGCGUCGAGCUGGCGAGGGCGUACGCGGAGCACAUCGGCUCGCGCGCGAGUGCGCCCUCGAGUGCGCCCUCGGAGCGGCAGGCGCGCAUGUCGCAAACCGUCUUCAUCGCCUGCUCCUCGAACGCCUCCCAGCUCGACCUGCCCGCCUCUGGCAUGCACGACGCGCUCUGCAAGCCGGUGACGCUGCAGUCGCUGCGGCACACGCUCCAGAAGUGGAUGCCCACGCUCGGCGACGCCGUGGCGCCCCUCAUCCCCGGCGUCGUCGGCUCUCCGCUCGGAGGACCGCGGCGGGGCGACGGGGAGGGCAGCGGCGGCGCGGUCGGCGGCCCGAGCGCGCCUUGCGCUUGCGCCGCCGCCGCGUUCGCGCUGCCGCCGCCGCGCCCGCGCAUUCUGAUUGUCGAGGACUGCCAGAUUGCCCUUGCAGCCAUGCAGCAGCUCCUCGAGCGGCUCGGCUUUUGCGUCGACGCGCACAUGGACGGCGAGUCCGCCAUGACGCAGCUCGCGCUGCUGCCGCCGAGGUACGUGCUGGUCCUGCUCGACCUGCAGCUCCCGGGCAUGUCGGGCUACGCCGUCGCCUCUUGGUACCGCGAGCACGUCCGGUCUGCAGCUGCCCGCCCCCCGUGGGUGGUGGCCAUCUCGGCCGACCCCGACGUCGACGCGUGCCGCGACUAUGGCUUUGACCGGUGCUUGCCAAAGCCGCUCACUGCAGAGGUGGUCGCCAUGCUCUCGCGCCAGUUGCUCGCUGUCAGCGCCCCCCGCCCGUAGCCCCGCCCGCGCCGGCUUGUAGCGCCGCUGGCGUAGGGGGUAAGGCUCAUAGGCAUGUGCAUUCGCCGGCGAGUCGCGCGUUUGAAUGGCAUCUGGCAUGGGCGAGUGCGCGGAGGAGGGGCUCGCCUUCUCUCACGUGUACACAAGUUGUGUAGUUGGGCCUCGAUGGGGUGUGGAUGUACAUGGAUGGAGCUCUUGGAUGAGCGAUUUGUACUCGAUAGCGGUCCCGCCGUAGCUCGCGCAUAGAAGCAGGAAGCUAGGCAGAGGCCGCAUCGCGUCAGCUGUAUACGUUUUACCCAAAA